AUGUUUCCGCAAUUACUCAUAAGUUCGUUAAUAACUGCUUGUGCGCUUGGUGCUCCGUCACCGCCAUCACCACCAUCUACACCUCGGUUCUUCAACAAUGUCACUGUAUUCGCUCCUCCAGAAUCGUGGACAUCCCACAGUACUUCUUACGCUCGCAGUGUUCUUCUAGACCAGAAUUGCGAGAAAGACAAUGUCUUGUUAGCUUCUUGGACGUGCAGUCCUCCAGACGGACCGUAUCUUCCUAUUGCAAAGUCAACAGACUACGGCUACUCUUGGACGGAGAUCUCUCGUGUAUAUUUCACACAUAGAAAUUAUACGGGGGGGAUUAUCCUACAACCUUUUCUGUUUGAGCUUCCUCAACAGAUUGGAAAAUAUCCUGCGGGCACUAUCCUUGCAACGGGGAAUGCUAUUCCGGCAAACUUUGCAUCUACAAAUAUCGAGCUUUAUGCUAGCCAGGACAAAGGAUUGACUUGGGAGUUCGUGUCCGUUGUAGCAACAGGCGGAGCCCCAAACACCGCUAAUGGAGCAACCCCUGUCUGGGAACCUUUCAUUGGCAUCUACGAUAACCAAGUACUGGUUUACUAUUCAGAUCAGCGUGACCCUCUUCACGGACAGAAACUCUCGUUACAGACAAGCCACAACCUUCUCCAAUGGGGCGGAGUCAUUAACGCCGUGGCAUUCGCCAACUACACACAGAGACCUGGAAUGGCUACAGUCGCGCAAAUCGGAAAUGGGAAAUGGAUGAUCUCCCAUGAAGUCGGUCUUGCUCCCCAGGGAGAUCUCGCCCCGUAUGCGGUACAUUACUCAAUUGCCGACAGUCCAUUAGAAUUCAUCAGUGCCCCUUCUCAUUUACUGCAAGCUCGCAAUACAGGCACAAUCUCCUCUGCGGGUCCAUAUACAGUUUGGACUCCCGCCGGCGGCCCCUCUGGCACUAUUGUAGUCAGUGAUUCCACUUAUUCACAGGUUUUCAUCAACACGAAUAAUGGCGACCCGGAUUCAUGGGAUGAAGUGGAGACUGGGCUCGGUGUCUCUUAUACAAGGGGCCUGGGAGUGAUGCCAAAUGAGAGCGUCAUUCUUUUCAUGAAUGGAGGAUAUUACGGAUUGCCUGCUGCUACAGUCACUGCUGGAGAGUGGCUGGUCCCGGGACCCCCAUCUUCGAAAGACACUAUUUCUAGUUGCAAGAAUUCCCAUGGGCAUUGA